GGCAACAGAGCAACGGGAGAACUUGGUGUGGGAAUCAUGUCGGAGGUUAUUCACGUUAAAACUGAAACUGACGAAUUUUCCCUGAAGGGAAGAACAUGUGAAGUGUCUUCAUUUUCAUUUAUUCCACCAGAAAGAAAGAAUCCACCUGAAAGGACGUACUUUGGAUCGGAGAAGAAGGGCCGGUACUCCAGUUCAACGUAUGACCGCCUAUUCAAGUCGGAUGACAGCUACAACAACAAACUCCAUCGAGAUGACCGGGAACAUGCCAAGUUGAGAGGACUCACAGUUAAUGAUGAGGAAAAGGAAAAGAUAGUCCCCACUCUUGCAUCUUCUGAGUACGGACAUCGGCUGAAGAUCCAUGUGGAUCAUCCAGACAGGGCACAUGUCCGCAUCGGGCACGUCAACUCGGAGUUCUAUCGACGCAAUGGAAUCACAUCCUGAGUGAGCUGUUGCUGGGGGUUUAGAUGUUGGUGUUGGUGUUGCCGCAGAAGAGGCUAGACACACUGACGAGACGAUUUGUUGACUGAGAUUUUAUUUACUGUGAUACCAACCGAGUUACAAGAUGUAUUUUCCAACAAAACAAAAGUCACUGAAAUGUAAGGUUUCAGAAUUUUGUAUCCACCUAUUCCGUCCACAAACAUAUAGAUCAUUUUGACCACAGUUUAUGGCAAGAUGUUUUGGUUUGACUACAGCAUACUUAGUAGAUGUAUUAGUCUUAAAAACAGUUCAAAGACCAACAUUAUUGUUUUCAGAGAUUAAUAGGGGGGUGGGGUAGCCUAUUGGUUCAUCACGCUGAAGACCUGGGUUCGAUUCCGCACAUGGAUGCAAUGUAUGGAGUCCAUUUCUAAUGUCCCCCGCCAUGAUAUUGCUGGAAUUUUGCUAUUACUUGCGUAAAACCAUUCUCUCUCGGAUUCUGAGAUAAAUUUGUCUGAAGUGAUUUUACACUAUGUAAACGUGAUGUGAGAAAAAAAUUACUGUGUCCAGAAAGUCUUUCCCAUCUUUUUGCAGACUAUAAUUUGACAUGAAUCAUUUCAAAGGUAGGCUUACAAAAACAUCUAUUAGCAAUUUAAAAUUCAGGGUCAAACAGCAGCAAACCAACUUUUUCCAUGGUUUCACAAAGUCGCAGAUAUUUCUGUUGUGUUUGAAAUAAUGUCAGUACAAUUUUUAAAACAGCCAUGUGGCUGGAAUGUUGCUGAGCAUGGCACUCAGCAACAAACAAGAAACAAAAACAAAUGUGAAAUUGCUGGUUGACCAGGUAUUCAAAACUGCAAUGUGUCUUCAGAUAUAUUAACACUGUAUCCAGUACCUGUGAACAGCUUGGUUUAGCAGGGAUUAUGUAAACAUGUUCUUCCCUGUCUGGAGUCUUGCCCAACUGUGCUGCUCCUUGAACACCCAUGUAUCAGGUAUUUUUAGUGAUAUUUCAACUGCUGGUGUAAAUAAUUAUUCAGUAUUAAUUAUGUUGUGUUUUAUGCAAUGUAUAGUAUUUAUGAACCAUCAAACAAAAACCAAUGCAUUGUGAUCCUGUUAUUGUUUAAAGAUUUGUCUAGUUACAUUCUUACAUUUUUGUCUGUUUUUAUGUUAUGUCUGUCUUCUUUGUGAUUUUAUUAAGCUUUGCUUGUAUCCAUUUGCAGGUGUUUUAUCCUUGUAAUUAUGACAAAAAUUUGGGUGAUAUAAAGUGUUUCCUCAUGCAGAUACUGUGUACAAAUUCAUUUCAGCAUUAAGUGAAUAUUUACAUUGCCAAAAUUAUUCAUUUAACAUUCAAACUACCGACACUGAUUACUGUCAAUGUCAUAAUGUCAUGUUAGACAUGUUGUCCGUUUGUAAUAAAGUUAUUUGAUUGCAA